UUGCAGCCUAGUGCCAAUGUACAUGACCUGGCCAAGAACUUCAAUCUGGAAGUCUCUCUCUUUGAACGACUGGUGAAAGUCAAUUUCCCCUUUGUCCGUCUAAAAUACCAACACCGCAUGCGUCCUGAAAUUGCCCAGCUCAUCUGUCCUCAUAUAUACCAGGAGCUGGAGAAUCAUCCCUCUGUUCUGAAGUAUGAGAACAUAAAAGGGGUCGUAUCUAACGUCUUCUUUGUGGAACAUGAGUUUCCUGAGCAAGAUAUUCAGGAAGGGAAAAGCCACCAGAACACACAUGAAGCCCAGUUUGUGGUGGAGCUGUGCAAAUACUUCUUGUGUCAGGAUUAUUUACCUUCUCAGAUCACCAUUCUCACUACUUAUACUGGACAGCUUUUCUGCCUGCGCAAGCUCAUGCCAGCCAAGAUCUUUGCAGGAGUGAAGGUUCAUGUAGUAGAUAAGUACCAGGGUGAGGAAAAUGAUAUUAUUCUGCUGUCACUCGUGCGGAGCAACAAAGAGGAGAGAAGCGGGUUCUUGCAGGUCCCUAAUCGGAUCUGCGUGGCGUUAUCCAGAGCCAAGAAAGGGCUGUAUUGUAUUGGAAAUAUGAGAAUGCUUGGCAAGGUUCCUCUCUGGAGCAAGAUCAUUCACACCCUUAGGGACAAAGGUCACAUUGGCAACUCAUUGGUACUUUGCUGUGAAAACCACCCUGAAACCAAGACGCUGGUAUCUACAGCAGCAGACUUCAGCAAAGUCCCAGAAGGAGGCUGUAGUCGUCCAUGUGAAUUUAGGUUGAGUUGUGGGCAUGCUUGCAUAAGGGCCUGUCACCCGUAUGACAUGGAGCACACAAACUAUCAGUGUCUGAAGCCUUGUCAAAAGGUGCUUUGUGCAAAUGGGCACCGCUGUCCACGGUCAUGUUACGAGCCCUGUGCACCAUGUGUGGUGAUUAUAGAGAAAAUUAUUUCUGCAUGUGGUCACCUGCAGAUGGUGCCAUGCUCUACUCCAGACAGUGAGUUUCUUUGCCAAGAACCUUGCCAGAAAAAGUUGAGCUGUGGGCACACAUGCAACAAAUUCUGUGGGCAAGAAUGCACUAAGGAGUGUCCUGAACUGGUAACGGUCAUGCUGAAAUGUGGCCACAAGCAGGAAGUCAAAUGCUAUAUCACUGAGGAGAUGAAACAUGAGAAGCCUGUGGAAUGUAAGACGAAGUGUUCUGUCACACUGGAGUGUGGUCAUGUAUGCUCAGGUUCCUGUCACACCUGCUUUGAAGGAAGAUUUCAUAAGCCAUGUAACAGCCCGUGCAAGCGCCUCUUAGUCUGCUCCCACAAGUGUCAGCAGCCUUGUGUUACAGAAUGCCCUCCCUGUCAGCUGGAGUGUCAGAACCGUUGUAUCCACAGUAAGUGUAAAAAGAAAUGUGGGGAGAGCUGCUUCCCCUGCGCCGAGCCGUGCGAGUGGCGGUGCCAGCACUACCAGUGUACCAGACUUUGCUCUGAACCAUGCGACAGGCCUCGCUGCAACGCACCCUGUGCCAAGGUCCUGUGCUGUGGUCAUCCUUGUAUUGGAUUGUGUGGAGAGCCAUGCCCAAAGAAGUGCCUUGUUUGUGACCACGAUGAACUUACCCAGAUCUUUUUUGGCUUUGAGGAAGACCCAGAUAUUCGAUUCGUGCAGCUUGAAGACUGUGGCCAUGUCUUUGAGUCCCAGGGCCUUGACCAUUAUAUGGAUGAAGAUGAUGAUGUCAUCAAGCUGAAGGUGUGCCCUAUAUGUCAGACACCUAUCAGAAAGAAUUUGAGAUAUGGCACCAUAGUGAAUAGGCGGCUAGGUGAGAUAGAAAAGGUGAAAGAGAAAAUCCAAGGCUCAGCACAGGAAAUUGAGUCAAGCAGACAAAGACUGCAGGCUGCACUGACAGGGAGUGCUGUUCUGCAGAAGAGUCUGCCCCUUAAGUGCCUCAUGCUAGGAUAUAAACUAAAAGCUUCUGAUCUCUCCACAAAAAGUAUCGGACUAAUUGAGAACCAGCUUAAUUUCUACCAACGUGUAGCAGACCUAACCAAUUCUCUGAGCAAAGUUGGCGCAAGUGAGGGGAAAGGGCUGAGAAAGCGGCUGGAUGAAAUCCAGGAGUGGCUGGAUAAGCCACGCAUCAGUUUCACGAGACAGGAGCUCUCUGACCUACAGUCAGAGAUCCAGAGAAUGACCUAUUUGCUGAGCCUCUUGGUGAGGUGUGAAGGUGCAAAGGGGAUGAUCACCCCAGCACUUGCAGCAAAGAUUGCCAGCAUGCGUGAGAUCCUCGAGGGGACAGAGAAAUUCACAGAGGAGAAGGAGGCUGCGGUGAAGGCUGGCCUGCAGAGGCUGUGCACGGCCUUGCCACUGUCGGGGCUGGGCAUCUCUGAAGCCGAGCGGGUGCAGAUCGUCAGUGCUAUUGGUUGUCCCCGUGGCCACUGGUUCAAGUGCAAAAAUGGCCAUAUCUACGUGAUUGGGGAGUGUGGGGGGGCCAUGGAAAGGAGUAAGUGCCCGGAAUGCCAUGCAGCCAUCGGGGGCACAAACCACACUCUGGACAGCACCAACAGCCUCGCCUCUGAGAUGGACGGUGCCACCCACGCAGCCUGGUCUGAGGCAGCCAACAACCUGCUCAACUUUGAGGAAUUCCACCCGCUGCUCUAG